AUGUACGCGGCCAGUCCGGCAGGGCUGGAUGGAGCAGGAGGAGGGGGACGGAAAGGGGCGGUCACGCCCGCCUUCGCGCUGAACUCUGCUGCGGCAUUCGCCCCUCUCUAUCCCGCUUCUCAGGGCACCUCUGAGGCUGCGCAGGGCUCCGCCCCCGCGGGCCCUGCUGCAGCGGACCAGCAGCAGCAGGCGGAGGCGCUGCGGGUGAAAAGAGAACGACAGCGCGUUGCAUCUCGCAAGUACCGGCAGCGGAAGCGAGAGCAGCUUCAAGUGGCCGCGAGCCAGCAGUCUUCGCUCCACGUCGCCUCUCCGCCAUCGCUGUCUGCGCCGCCUCCUGCCUCCAUGUCUUCUUCGUUCCUCCCCCCGCCGCCUGCGCAGAGGCCUCGCACUUUCACGCUGGAGCCCAAAGUUUGCCAGUCGCUUCGGCCGCAGGGGCGCUCCUUUCGGCGGUCGAGGGCGCCCCAACCCAAUGGCACGGAAUCUGCGGGCGCAAGACGCACUUCGCCGCUGCUCCAGUCCGAUCAGGACCCCUCGACGCCUUCCGGAGGUAAGACAUCCGGCCGCCUAGCCGGAGAAGCAGGCACAGGCAGGAUACGUCCCGCGAGGAAGGCGAAGAAUUCGCAGAAUCCCGCCGCUUCCUUUGAGACGACUCCACAGAACUAUCUCCCCAACCCCUCGGGCUCGUGCCCCGCAGCUCCUUUACCUGCUGUGGCGCCAGGCGCGGCGCCGGCAACCGCCCCCCCCUCGAGUCUGCCUCUCUCCUUCUCGUCCUUCUCUGCGUGCGUCGCGUCGACGUCGUCAUGCGCCUUCGCCCCGCCCAACUCCUGUUCGCCGGCGCCACACCCCGAUGCGGGUGCCCGCGCGCAGCUAGGGACGCACGCGAGCGGCGGAGGAAGUGGCACUGCCUCUUCCAUCGUCGUCCAGGCGCCCUCCGCGUUUGCGAAUGGCGUCCGCAUCGCAGGGCUUCCGACCGGAGGGGGCUCGCCGGCAAAUGCAGCUGUCCUGCUCAACGCCAGCGGUUCAAUGACCGCGGCGGGGCAUGUGGGAGCAGCUCCUCUGCCUGUGAACAGGCGCGAGUCGAGCGGGCGUGCCGGCAGCCCUAGCCUUCUCUUGGCGGGGGGAGCGACUGGAAUUCUGCUGAGUUCAGGCAGUCACACGCCGUCUACCGUCCUCUUCAGCAAUCCUCAAAACGAGGGUGUCAAUGGCGGGGUCCCAGAGUAUCGGCGGGAGAUGCACGCCUCCGCGACUGCCUUCACGCCCGCGGCUUCACACGGCACGCCCCCGUCGUCCACUGGGCUCUCGCAAAUGCCCCACGUUCUCGGGGCGAACGACGGGGUGGGCCUUGCGGCAGACUUCCACGCGCAGCGGGGAGGAAAAGGCUUAGAUCACGGUCUCGCCGCAUUUGAUCUGCGUAGCGCUGGCAAAGGCAUCGCGGGCGCGGAGCCGCACGGCGUCGCCGAUGUCUGUGCGCCCGCGCCAGCUCGGUCUGCGGAAAACCAAGAGUCCGUUCCCAGCUGCCCUUCCGCAGGGCCGGGGGAGAGGGGGGCACUUGGUCUAGCAGGUCGCGCCGCACCAGGCGACGAAGAAGCGCCGGCACACGGCGUCGACCUCGGGCGAGGAAGCGACCGGAUGGGGGGGGAACGGGACGCCAGGAUGGAGGGGUGGAGGAAGGGCUCGCAGCUGGGUAUGCCUUCGUCUCCGCCCUCUCCCGGCCCUUCGCACUUGGCGCACUCCCACCAGCACUUCCAGUUCCAACAAGCUCAGUUGCGGCACCCGAUACACGCAACUGAGCACCCGCAUCUGCGCUCCCCCUCUCAGGAAGACUCGGCGGUCGGUCUCGGCCUCGUCGCAGGCACAGGCGCGUCGCGCCCGACACGCAACUACGGAGGGCAGGCAUCGCGGAGUGAGAGACCUAGUUCGUCCUCCGGUUCUUUUCCGCAGCCGCCGCCUCUUCCAGAGAGCUCCAGCGGGCGCGGGAACUGCGGCGAGGAAGCAGAUGAAGCACGCCAAGCGGUCUUCCCCCUCGGCGGCCCCAAGGAGGGUCGCACUCCGGGCACCCUCGGGGGAGAGGCGGAGAUGCUGGCGCAGGAGCGGCUCCCGACGCUGGGCGGGAUGGGGGGCGGCGGCGCUCUGGAGGGAGGGGGGGGCGGCGCGGCAGAUUCCGUGUGCAGGGACGUGAUGGCUCCAAGUCCUUCAGAUGCCUAUGCUGUGGCGGAGUCGAGCCGAGGCAACCCCUGCGUACUGCGGCAACACUCCCAUGGGUACGCCUCUGCACUGCCCCCGAGGGUGUCUCUGGUGGCGGACAGAGGUGUGGGCGUCCAGGGGUCGCGCCUCGUCUCUGCCUGCGCCAGCGCGGGCGGUGGCAGCGCGUCGCCUGUACCGAGUGGGGGGGGCCCAGGAGCGGGAUCGGGCUACGAGACUGUUCCUCACCACCCCGCUCUGCCGCCCCACUCGCUCGGCGCCGUCGCCGCGGAGCCCGGAACCGCGGCAGUGGGCAGCUCGGCGUUGCUUGGUGCUCCUCAGCCGUGCCCGCAGUCGCGUCAGUCUCCUGGCGCGGCGCACUCGUCAGAGGAGUCACCGCGGCCUCAGCAGCCGUAUGCUAGCGGGGCAGACGGGCCGGUUGAGGCGUUUCCUCAGGCGGGUCCUUCCCCGUGUUACGCCAGUGUGGCGGCAGCUGGCUCGGGGUCUUCACCCUUGACAGGCGCGGACGCGGUGGGCAGUGUUAGACGGAUAGCGAAUUCUUCGCAUUUCGUCGCGGGCGGGGCAGCUGUAGGAGCUUCGGGAGGGACAGGCGGCCGCCGGCUGAACGAGAGAGGCGCAGUCUGGGGUUCUCGACAGUUAGUUCUCAAGCUGAGAGAAAUCCAUCGUUCUGCGGCGCAUCUCACAACCCAGACCAUGAAGGAAAUGGCAGCCAUGUGCGAGGAAAUAGUGCGGAGAAACGAGAGAGACAAGUGGGUCGGGGGGGCGAUUCGGGGGGGAGGCGGCGAGAUGCUUGCCCGGCGGCUGCGCCGCGGCCUUCUCAGAGAGGCUCGCGCGCUGACAAGAGAAAAAGGAAAGUUUAGAAGGGAGCGUUCAGGAAAAGGGCUCCCCGGCGAAUAG